UUAGCUUUAUGACAAUUUCGAGCGAUUCGAGUCGGUAGUUACUGCUUUAGGAAGAAUUCAAAGACGUAACGUGUCUGCGCGUAAUGUGCCCGGCAAUGGUGUGCGUAUCUAGUUUCACGCAGAGCAUCGGAACCUUUCGUUCCGUUUCCGGCGAGCAACAGAAACGCUGACGUGCUGUAUCGUACCCCCGAAAAUAUGAUCAACGAAACUGUUAAUUAUUUCGUGCGUCUGCAAGAGAGUUCCUCUAUGUCAGGAUUACGCUCCGCUCACGAACCUGUCUGAAAGUAACGAAUCGUCGAGGAGUAUCAUCUAUCGAUUUACGCUAUCGUUCGCUUCGAAUAAAGUACUUUCGAUCGCGCACAAUCGAUGCACUCGUCAAUGUUCGACACGAUCGACGAACAACGCUUCGAAUGUCACCGAGCAUCUCCAACGCAGUGCAGUCGACAUAAACAUUCCCCAUUCGAGGAUUAAACGAUGCUUGAGAGAAACAUCUUUCGAAUAAGCAUGCACAAUCGUGUUGAUUGAAAGUGAUUAGCUAUCCCCUCGUUGAGCGACGACAGUGAGCCGAGCAGCGAGUGUCGAAUUGUCAACCUCGAGCAACGCAUCUUCCGUCGAAUCUGCUCGAUGCGUCCAUCGACGUUUAACGAAAUGAACACGGAAGACUGCGAACGUCUCUGAGCAUCCUCGACCGCGCUGUUGCCGAAUCGAUCCACAAUCCUAUCGUUGGAGGACGAUAGCGAGAGCAGCUGGAAUCGAAUCCGCCACAGACAUCGAACUAUGCUCGUUCAACCGCGGCCGCUCGCUACUUCAAUCUCGUUCGAUCCCGAGGCAGUUUGACGCGGAUCGAUCGCGUCGUCGCGCGUGCAUCUACGAGAAUGCAGCAGGGCAGCGUGGGCGGCUGCGACGGGGACUCCGGUCCUCGGAAAUCGCAGAGAAGCUCGUACAGAGACGGCGAAGCGGACAGGGCUUCGGGAGAGACCGAGAGGGUGCGGGUGAAGCUCGAGGCUCUGGAGUCGAAGGUGUUCGAGGUGAAGCGAGAGCCGCAGGAGGAUUGCCACCCGGGUCACCAGGACUAUCAGUACGAGAGGAAAACGAUCGUGCCGGCGAAGAUCGAGGGGAACCCCGAGAUCCCUGGACAGUGCCAGGUCCAGCAUCCCGGCUACAGGCCGAUCACCGGUCUGCCGAAUUCUUAUGGGUUCCCGCACUUCUACGCGCCGCCUGCCAUGCUGCCGCCGCCGUUCCAGGCCGCCAGACCAUCUCCGGAUAGGUCUAUGGUGAAAUUGGAGGACCACGAGCACGAACAAGAACGAAUGAGAGUGACCGGUGACGGUGGGUUUCUGCAUCACGAUCAUCAGCGUUUCGACGUCGGUGAUUACCAUCACGGGAAACCUCCUGGAUACCCCGGGUUGCCUUAUCCUCAUUUUCGGCCGUCCAUUCAGCAGCGGUACGCUGCUCAUCAGAACAACAGCUACGCCAGGGCCGCGCAUUUUCAAAACAGACACAAGUGGAGCGGAGCCGCGCUGAGAGGACUGCAUCCCGCCAUGCCUUGGCCGACGUGGUUCUUCCAACCAGAACUUCCUCUCGGCGCGCCACUGCCAACCACUCACGUGUCCAACGCCAGCAGUAUACCUACGUCGUCGCAUCUAUCCUCCAGGACACACUCGGAGUUGCCUAAGGCGCCGGACUUAGUCGACGGUACCAAGAUUCAUGGACAAACUCCAACGAUAUGCACGUCCAUCAGGUGCACGGUGACCGGAUGUACCUGCGACUCUUUCACCCCUGGAAAACGUCACAUCAGGUGCUGCGAGAAGUGCCAUCAUGGAUGGGUGCCACAUGCGCUGGCGCGACUCUCGGGUCUCCACCAGCAGCGGCCGGGUGGGGAUGUCGUCUCCAGCCCCCGAGUCGUUGGUAGGGAGGACAAAAGCGGCGGAGGGAGGGCGAGGCAGGCGACGCCGGCGACCGCGGUGACGACGACGCCGACGACGCCGAGGGAAGGAGCUCGCGGCGGUGGCGGCGGCGGCGGCGGCGGAGGCGGAGGUGCCGAUCCGACGACUGCCACCGCCGGGGGAACUCCGGCGAGUGGGGCCAAGCAGACUGGAGGAGGAACCGGUGGUGGGGAGCCGAACUGUGGAAGUGGUGGCGGCUCCAACGGUGGUAGGGACUCCGGUGGUGGGGGAAACGAGGCUGGUGGGGCCCGCGAUGUCGCGGAGAAGGAGGAGAGGCCACCGGCUUCAGAGAGUGUCGAGCCGACGGCCGCGUUUGACGUCGCAUCCCUCGUACUCUACGGCUCGCGCGCACUACCGAUCCGCCUUAAGAUCUUGCUCGAUCAGUUGUUCAACCAGUUGCCGCACGCGCAAGUGACACGUUUACUAGCCGCUUUCGGCUGGACGUACGAGGAUUACGCAAGAGGAUACAUACUGCAGGACUCGCAGAACGGCACGGUGCUGGACCGAUGGAGCAUCUGUUCGCCUGAAGAGGAGCCGCUGGUGCUGCAGCAGUUCCUCAGGUUCGCCGAGACGCGUCCUUUCGUGCAGCAGUUGCUGCUGGCCGCCGGGACGCCGGGUACGGAUGCUAUGUCACCAAGCAGACGACCUUCGCCGCCGACGAUGCCACUAGCACACCUACCACCUCCAUUGCACCUGCUCCAUUGCGGCCUCCCACCGCCAGGCUCGCGGUUGCCACCUCCGUUGCCACCGCCGCCGCCUCCGCCGGCGGUGUCGCACCCAUCGAUGUCGCCGACGCCUCAGAAGCACCACUACUCCUCUUCGUCGAGCGGGAACCCCGGAGUAACGAGUAGCGCGAACUCGCCACCCAGAAGCCUGGAGUCUCACCUGACGGUGUCGCCGUUGAACAGACUGCAGAGCAUGCAGCCGUUCGACUUCAGGAAGCUGGGGACGCUCGGCCUGCCGGCGUUCCCGCCGCUCCCACCACCACCACCGGCGGAUCAGCUGAUGCAGAGUCGAAAGUCGUUGAGGAACACGCACAGUCCGCACAGUCCGCCGCAUCACCCGAGCAGCAACCAGCUGCAGAGGCCUCACAUGCCCCCGGUGGCCCCCGUGUCCUCUUCCGCCCUCAACUUCGGCCAUCCACUGUCCGUUGCGGUGUCCUCCGGCGCGCUACCUCCCAACUUCCCGGCCCACUUUCCCCCUCCGCCGAUGGGCAAGUCCUCCGGCUGCGUGGCCGGCAUCACGGUGCCCUCGGACGUGCACAGCGGCGGCGAGAAGAGCAGCGAGUUCGGCUCCGAAGAGGACGAGGAGGACGACGAGAAUUGGGACAGCGCGUUGAACCUCAGCAGGCGCGACUCCUCGAAACACGGCGAGCAGCGACACCACCCUCCACUACCUCUGCAGGCAGCCCCGCUCGGUAGGCCUCCGGGGAUCCCCGGCAGGAAACCUCAUUCCCCGGGUAAACGGCCGGGUAGCCAAUGGGGCGCCUCGACGAACAUCCCGCCGAACCUGGGCACCACGUUCAUCAACCCGACCACCGGCAAGAAGCGGGUUCAAUGUAUCACCUGUUUAAAGACCUUCUGCGACAAGGGCGCCCUCAAGAUUCACUACAGCGCGGUACACCUGCGGGAGAUGCACAAGUGUACCGUGACCGGCUGCAACAUGAUGUUCAGUUCGAGGAGGUCGCGCAACAGACACAGCGCGAACCCGAACCCGAAGUUGCACUCGCCGCACAUGCGACGGAAGAUUUCGCCGCACGAUGGCCGGUCUUCGAUGGCGCACGCUCUGGUUCUGCCUCCGGGAAUGCCGGUGCCCGCCACGGGGUUCAAGCACCUGCCCUUCAGAUCCUUCCCGCUGCUGACCCCGCCACCGGACCUCAGAUCGCCGGCGUCGCUUUGCGGGUUGGACUUCAAGCACCUGGACCAGGGGAUCCCGUACGACGAGACGCUGCAUCAGCGGAUCAACGUGAACGCGAGUCUGUCAUCGACGACUGGUCUGACCACCUCCUCCAUGGCCAUGACCACGGCCGCAGAGACGCCAAGUACCACCGUCGCCACCAGGGAGUCCUUCUCCAGCGGCAGCGCGGCGGACACGGUGUCGCCUUCCACUCAAGCCUCCACAGCCGUGGCGGAAGGCGAGGACGACGACGACGACGACGACGGAGGCAUAGUGGUGGUCGCGGAGGACGACGCCAGCAACCUACCCUCCAGGCUACCCCUUCGCCCCGGCGAAGAGGAGGACGAGCAACCGGCUGAUCUCAGUCUGACGAAAAGGAAGGUGUACUUGGGCGAAGCUGGGGACGAGGAUCUCGUGAGCAACCCGGACAGCAACGAGGACAACGACUCCAUGGGCACCGUCGACCAGCAGAGCUUCUCCAUGAGCCAGCUCUCGUUGAACCUGACCUCGUUGCACAGUAGAGGCGUCCGGAAAAGGAAGUCUCAGCACCCGACUCGCUGCGCCGUUCUCACGGAGCUGCAUUCCUCUUCGACGGACGGUGACUCGUCGAACGACGAGGAGAGGGUGAAGAGACGUUGCCUGUCGGACAGCGCGAGCAUCACGUCGAUGAACGACUUCCAGAGCGAGCCGGAGGAUAUGUCGAUGUCCCGAUUGGAGGCGGAGGAGCGGAAGACCUCGCCGAACUCGCCGAAGAACUUCAACGACCACGAGUCCAGCUCCCGUUCCCCGGAGGCCAGCAACAGGUCCUCGGGGGAAGGUAGACGGGACUCGGCGCUGUGGCAUUUACCUCAGGAGGACCCGCGGGAUCUGAGCUCGAGGGCGAAGUCGCCGAAGAGGCAGACCAGCCCGGAACCAAAGACAUCGCAGCCGCAACCGCAGUCGCAGUCGCAAUCGCAAUCGCAAUCGCAAUCGCAAUCGCAGCCGCAACAUCAGCAUCAGCAGGAGGAGGAAGCGACUUCGACGAAAGAACCGUCGGAACCCGGCGACAGGCUGAAGAGCGAGGCGGUGAAGGUGGAGCAGUCGUCGGCGAAGAAAGACGAGGAAAAGUCGAAGGAGGAUGUGAGGCCGGAUGAAGAAGAUGUGGACGACGACGAGGAUGACCCGUUGGAGGAGGUCGAUGAGGAUGAUGAUGAUGAGGAGGUGAACGACGCGCUGCGCAAUCAAGAAGGUGAGCGUCCCGAUGAUCCCUCCCGUGCCCCGAGCUCGGUCGACAGCCGUCCGACGACAGCCGACGACCUCUCCCAUCACGACCCCUCGACCACCACUUUGCGUCAACUCGAGUCCUUGUCGCAGGGUCGCGCGAUGCUGAGCCACGGGACGCAGCGGCCGGGUUCGAGGUCUGGCCGCGAUUCUACCAGCCCCGUCAGCCUCACGACGCACCAGGAGACCACCAUGGACAACUGCUCACGUGGCUUUCGCUCAUCCAGCGCCUCACCCUCCACAGCGGCCAUGGAUAUGGACAAUAGCCUGAUCACGUACGCGCGCUACGAGAACGGCGGGUUCGUCAGCACUCAGGAGGUGCCGCUCGACAGGGAGAACCCGAGGCGAUGCACCGCCUGCGGCAAGGUGUUCCAGAACCACUUCGGCGUCAAAACCCAUUACCAGAACGUGCACUUGAAGCUGAUGCACCGGUGCAGCGUGGACGGGUGUAACGCCGCGUUCCCGUCGAAGAGGUCGAGGGACAGGCACUCGGCCAACCUGAACCUUCACCGGAAGCUGCUCUCCACCUCGUCCAGCCCGCCGUUGUCCUCCAGCCUGCCGCCCAGCCUGUCGCCGCGGGUCGAAGACUCGCAGAUGAACCCUCUGCUGCGCAACGAGUUCCUCGCGAGACUGUACGCCGACGCUGGCAUCGGCCCGCUCGGCGCCUACCCGCUCACACCUGGACUGCCCGACCUGGCCGCCAGAAUACCGCCGCCGCAUCCCCUUCUGCUCCCGCCGCACCUGGGAGCCACCUUCUCGGGUCUGUCCUCGUUCGCCUCGCACCUGGCCGGCCUGAACGGGCUGACUCAGCAGCAUCUGAGCCAUCUGACCAGGAUGUCCCAGGAGCAGGCGACCAGGCAUCCCGCCACCAGCUCGCCGAUGUCCUCGCCCGGCCCCGAGGACAGGAAGGAGGAGGCCAGGUGCACCAUUCCCGGGUGCGAGCGGAUUUUUGGGUCCAGGGCAGUCAGGGAUGCUCACUCCAGAGACCCACAGGCUCAUAGAGACCUGCCGGUGCUGUCGACCAGUGGCUCGUGACCGAUCUCGUUCUGCGGACGCGAGUAUUACUACCCUUUACUGUGAUGCCAAAAUUUUGACGAUUCGACCGAUCGCCAUUGAUCUCGAUUAGGGAGGCUCAGCGAGGGUGAGGCUCCGCGAUUCUGGCCCCGAGCUGGGCCUUAUCGUUCAACUUUUACGUGCAAUAUCGGACGGGACCGCGCGUCGACCAUUCUGCAUUGUUCGAGAUUUUAGGGUGGGGGGAGGUUCGAGCGGUCGGUGGCUGGUCUUGUGAACGGUGCUUGUCGAUCCAGAGUUUGCUAACUGGAUCAUCUGCUUCAAUUUUUAUGGUAUCGAACUUUCCUCGUUUCUGGGUUUUUCGAUUUUUUAUCCGUAGACUGUGGACAUUGCUGUAGAUUUUAAUCGGCGACUCCCUGUAGAUGGAGUUUAUAUAUUUUAUUUUGUAUAUUUAUUUUAUUAUUAUUUUUAGUCUUUUUAUUUUAGAAGAUAAAAUUUUAUUUUACUUGGAAGCAAUGGCUAAAUUUAUUACUGUAUUUUUACUAUGAUUUUCUCAGACGACAAAAUCUAUUUAAAUCGAUUUAAAUCAAUUUAAAACAAUCUAGAACAAUUUUAUCUACAGUCUACUUAUCAGUCUCCCUCCGUUUGCUUUCCUAUUUCUUGAAACACAAGGUGCUCCAAUCUAGUCAAUUCGGAAGUCUUCAGCCACGACGCUGGAGUCGAAAAAAAUUCUUUUCACCUCGUCCUUAGCUGUGUCCUGAAAACCUACGAUGUUCCUUGAAUAAUUAAUAAACACGAAGUACCGUCGAAAAGAGACCGGACCGUAUCUAUAAUUUUCAUAAACUCGGUUUGGUUUCUUCUCGUUGACACUUCAUAGCGUAACAAACAAAUGGAGCUUCGUCGAUCCAAGUCUGACCAAAGACGAGCCUGUUCCACUGUUCAGCUACCUAUCGUUCAAACCAACAGCUAACAAAAUCUCACAGAUUUCCCAGAGAUAAAGCACGGAUCUUUCUGCAUUUAUUGUUGCAUUUAUUUCACUCGCGUCAAAUUUCAUUACAUUCUUGCCACAUGGAAUUUUUCCAUGGAGGAGCGCAAAACGUUCUCCGAUUCCAAUUUCGAUUGAUUGGAGUUUGCAUAAAGAUCCGCGAUUUAUCGAUGGACGACAAAAUUUCGCGGGGAUGUUUACGAGGAAGGAUGAGGUCUCGCGUGGUGCAGGUGGUCGCCGCGCUGGUGGUUGCCCCGUGGCCAGUCCGCGUGUCACGAAGCAGAGCAAACGAGAAAGAGAGAGAGAGAGAGAGAGAGCUGAUCGACCGAGGAAGCACUGGUUCCACCCCCUGCCUCUGUCUGUUUGCUAAUUAAAAGAUGGAGGUUCGACAGGCCGGCGACGGCGGCCGGCCGGGUACAGCACAGGAUCGGGAAGAUCGAAACACGGACGAUUCCGGUCUUCCGGCUGAUUUUAUCAUCGUUGUGAUAACGUAACAUUUAGUAAAUAUGCCACUAUUUAAUCAGUAAUCCAAUUGCUACCGCUGUAUAUAUAAACAUAGUACCUUUCGAUGUAUCGCGAUAAUUAAUCUAUUAAGAUAUCGACGCGGCCACGAACGCGAACUGAAAGGCGCGGCGUGCGAACUUCUCGGGACAACGAUAGUUUUGUAAAGAAACGGGAAGAAGACCGGUCUCUGCGCGGAUCGGUGGAUCGGAGGGAGGAAUCGAGACUCGAAUGGUAGCUAUCGGAUUGCCCUAGCCAGGGAGGCUGGGGAAUUUGCCGCGAUCGUCGCCCCUCGGACGCCAUUUUGUCCCGGAGAACGGUAGUAUUCCAUCGAUGAAGUUUCAUUCGUUCAAAACGUUUGUUGAAACGAUCAAGAGCCGAGAGAUCGAAACGAAAAGGACUUGUUUUUUCGAAACGAAAAAGUCGCAGCCGAUAGAAACAUUUGAUCUCCAUUUGAAAAAUUGAGGUCCGCGCGAGUGUUCAAAUAAAAUAUCGAUUCGAUUCGUAAGGAUUUGUAUUUGCACAAGCAGCCCGGAAUUUCCGCGGAACUAGGGUCGCGGCUUAAUGGCGUCCGGCUAGACUGCAGCCGUAGCGACCCGCGGAAUGGCGCCGAUCGCGGCAAAAUGGAUCGUUGGAUUCAGAUCAUAGUAGAAGGGCCGAGGACGUGAAAUGGCACCGAUCGACCACGGAAAAAAUCAAAGUGACGGACGUCGUCUCGCGCUAGAUAAAUGAGAAUAGAUAGAUUUUAUUUAUUGUUUCCUAGGGAUCCUACACGACACACACUGUAUCAGCGGCCAGUAGCGGGCACUGCCGCGGAGACUUCCUUUCUCGUAGAGUCGGACGAUCAUGUUGAAAACUCGCGGACUCGGUUUGUCGGCCGAUCGCGAUCGAUUCUACGUAAUGCGUUCUCGUGGAUCGAUCGAUCGCCGGUCCGGCCGACUCUUCUCUCUUCGGUUGUACAUACAUUGUAUACCUUAUUUUCGUAGCAUGCGCGUCGAUUUCUCUUGUACGGCCAGGAGUUGUUGUUGUUUUAUCUCGCGAACCGGAGAUCACACCGAGAGAGACAACGGGGGGAGGGGGGGAGAGGAGAGUUUUUUUUUCUACGCGAUCUCUACCGGUCGCCCGCGAUUCAUCGCCCCCGCAUAUCGGCGCGACGGCAGCUCUCGCGACACACGACGAACCCACUACUAAUUACACUCCUAAGGGCGAAACCAGAUUUACAAUUGUAAUUAUGUAUAAACUGAAUGCUAUGAUGUAUGAUAUUAUAGAUCGAUUAUAAAGAACAUUCAUCACUAUGAAAAUAAAUACCUAUCGAAAUCAA